CACUCUCUUUCUUUCUCUCUCUUCUUUCUCUCUCCUCACACACUAAAAUAAUCCCAAAAAACUACACAAAAACAAAACCAAAAGGGAAACCCUCAACGGAUCUAGGCUUUUGAUGCUCUUCUUCUAUGCUCAACUCUUCCAUGAUCCCUUUUUUUCUGCUUCUUCCGGAUGGACAAGAAGGUGUAUGAUGACAGCUUUGUAGAUGAUACUGGCAGUGACAAUGAACGACUCUCUUCUCUUUAUGCGCCUGAGCCAUUAGGGGGAGAAGAUGGAGAGCAAAAAGCUAAACGGCUUAAAGCUUUAGCAGAGGCUAAAUACAAGGCCGCCAACCUCAAAUCAGCUCUCAAAGAUGUGAAGCGAGCUUACCGUCUCUGUCCGAACCUUGAUGGCCUCUCUUCCAUGGUUACCUCAUUUGAGAUCCUCUCUGCUGCUUCAAAAUCAACUACCCAUGAUUGGUACAAGAUCCUUCAAGUUGAGCCCUUUUGUCAUAUUAAUACUAUUAAAAAACAGUACAAGAAACUAGCUCUCCUUCUGCAUCCUGACAAGAAUCCCUACUUGGGUUCUGAGGAGACCUUUAAGCUCGUGAAUGAGGGGUUUCGGGUUCUUUCGGAUAAGGUACAACGAAAGGAGUACGAUACAAAGCUGAGAAAUCAGAUUCAAGAUGAAAAGAUCAGGGAAAGUAAGGAAUUUCCAUUAAGUGGUGAGACAUUCUGGACGACGUGCUCAAGAUGCCAGCUUUUACACCAGUUUGAGAGGAAGUAUUUGGGACAUAAUUUGGUUUGCCGGAGCUGUCGGAAGUCCUUUGAGGCUGUAGAGGUUGGGAAUGGUGAGACUGCUAAGCAUAAAUUUAGGUUUAGAAGUGAAAGGUUGAAGAGUAAGAAUUUGGAUGGUGAUGAGAGAAUUGCAGGUUGGAUUCCAAAAUCAAAACUAAGUAAUGUUGGAUUGGAAAGGAGCCAAAUGGACAGUGGUGAAUUGGGCAAUGAGAGAGUGAAGAGUGUUGAAUUGAAGAAAAAAGAUGGAGAUGUGAAGAAGGGUGUUGGUGGUGGUGAAUGGAGUGGAGGGAGAUUGAGGAAGAGAAUGAGUAGUGUUGGCGAUGUCAUGGAGAGGUCUCAACCAAAGAGGGCAAGAAUUGAUGAAGAAACAAUGACACUGGCUGAAUUACGGUCUGAAAUCAAGAGCAAAACAAGACAGGAAAAGAUGUCGAAAUUGAAGGUGAAUGAAGAAAAAGAGAAGGCAAAAAGACAAAUUGAAGAAAAACAGAAGGCAAAAAAGGAGAAGGAAGAAAAGGAGAGAACAAAGAAGGUGAAUGAAGAAAAAGAAAAGGAAGAAAAGGAGAGAGCGAAGAAGGUGAAUGAAGAAAAAGAGAAGGAUAAAAAAGAGAGAGCAAGGAAGGAGAAUGAAAAAAAGGAGAGUGAGAAAAGUGAGAGGGCAAAGGAGAAGGAGAUAAAGGAGAGGGCUAAGAAGGUGAAUGAAAAAAAAGAGAGGGCAAAGAAGGAGAGCGAUAAAAAAAGAUCUGAUAAUUCAAAGGAAAGCAAGGAUUCUGAGACUCAAAGGUGCUCAUUGUUAAAGAAGAGCAAGGACUUACAAUCAAUGAAGCAUGGGACUUUAGAUAAGAUUAGGACCUUGCCAUUAGAGGGGGAUAAAAUGUCAAAGAAAAGUCUUUCCGGUAUAAUGCUUGUAGAGGAUUCAGAUUUUUAUGACUUUGAUAAAGAUAGAAUUGGGAGAAGCUUUAAGCAAGGACAGGUUUGGGCUAUGUAUGCUGACGAUGAUGGGAUGCCAAGAGAUUAUGGUUUGAUCGAUGAAGUUGUUUCUGUAAAUCCUUUUGAGGUGAAAUUAAGCUGGUUAGAUUUUCAGGAUAGCAGAGACGAAGGGUUGCUUUGCUUGGAGAAAAUGGGCUUUAAUCUAUCUUGUGGGAGAUUUAAGGUUUCUAGGAAGACUUCUAUUGAUUCAGUGAACAUUUUUUCUCACGUUGUAGAUUGUGAAAGGGCAGCUAGGGAGGUUUAUAGGAUUUAUCCAAAGAAAGGUUCUGUUUGGGCUGUGUAUACUGAAUCAACUUUUAGUGCCGAAGGAAGAAAUGUUACAACUACAGACAGGCGGCGACACUAUGACAUAGUUUUGUUCUUAACAACUUAUAGUGAGAUGCAUGGUCUGAGCAUGGCGUAUCUUGAGAAGGUUGCUGGGUUCAAGACUAUAUUCAAGAGACGUGAGAUUGGUUCUCAUGCUAUUAGGUGGCUAGAGAAAGAUGAAGUUCAAUUUUUUUCACACCAAAUUCCUGCAAGAAAGCUCUCCGGUGGUGAAGCUUCGGAACUCUUGAAAGAUUGCUGGGAACUUGAUCCUGCUUCCCUUCCUGCAGAUUUCCUAUCCUCAUAGGAGAGAUUUUGUUUUAUUUUAUUUUUGGAUUUCAGAAUCGUAGGGCUCCUUUGUACAGUUUUAUAAUUUCAGUAUGAUGGAGGAGUCACGUAAUUUUGAGGGCAAAUAUUGAGAAAAAUAUUCAAAUAAAAAGGCUGAUCAUUACCUUAAA